AUGAGAGCUACCAGGAAGCCUCAGAUCCAAAGAAAUAAGCAACGGGUGAAGAAUCUCUCAAAGUUGAUGGAUCAAAUCGAGGAGCUUGGUGAGUCUGGUAAAGUGGAUGAAGCUGAAGCACAUAUGCCGAAGGUUGACCUUCUAAAUGCUGAGAAGACAGCUUUAGCUAACCAAGCAGACAACAAAGCGGGCAUGCUUGAGAAGAAGGAACUUUGUGAAACGUGUGGAUUAUUCUUAGUUGCGGAUGAUGCUCUUGAGAGAACACAAUCCCACGUGACUGGGAAACAGCACAUUAGUUAUGGUAUGGUUAGAUAUUUCCUGACAGAAUAUAAGGCUGCACAAGAAAAGGCAAAAGAGGAAGAGAGGCUUGCAAGGGAGAAGAAAGCAGAGGAACGUAAGAAACAGAGGGAAAGAGAGUACCAUACUGGGGGCAGGGAUAGUGAUACCAGAAGAGAAAAGUUAGGGGAGCGUGACUAUGACCGUGGUCAUCAUUAUGAGCGAAGCCGCGGAAGAGAAAGGUCGUAUGAUCACAGAGAUAGAUGCAGUUCAUACAGAAAUGGGAGGGAUUCUGAAAGAGGCGGAUUCAGAAAUGGUAUUUUCUGGAAUCACAGUAGUUACAACUCUACGGGAGGUCUGGUUUUAGUGUUCCAUAACCAUACCCUGCUAAAGACCACAAGGAAUAUACAAUUGUUUGUGCUGCAAAAUAUUAGCUAA